UUUCCCGCCCUUCACUUUUGCCAUCCUUACUGAGAGGAAAGUCAACAAAUUAGCGUUUCCACUGAGGUUUAACUCCGACUUUAUUUUACUUGAUUGAGUCGCGUGUCACCGGCGAAGGAUGCCCUCCACUCAUGACUGGAUCAACAACCCUCUGGGGCUCGUGGAGGAGAUGUUUGCUUCGUCCCAGAACGGCGCCGACUCCGGCUGGGAGGCGAAGGCAGUCGAGUUCUUCAAAGACCAUCUGAAGGAGAAGGAGGCGCGUACCUUGGUCCCCUCCCUGAACGACGUCCCUCUGCACUACCUGAAACCCAACAGCCUCGUCAAGUUCCGCUGUUUAAUCCAGGACAUGUUCGACCCCGAGUUCUACAUGGGCGUGUAUGAGACCGUUGACCCCCGCCUCAAAGCUAAAGUGCUGAGAUGUGGGAAGUACAGAGAUGUGACGGAAUGUGGGGUGGAUUUUAACUCCAGAAACACAGUGACUGCAGAGAGACAAACCUUCUACUGUGUCCCCGUCCCUGGAGAGAACACCUGGGUCAAAGACAGCUACGCCGCCUCCAGUCAGGCACGAGUCGUUCCUUCCACGUCAUACGCGCCAAGUCGACAAAAACGAAGCUACGAGGAGGACGACGACAUGGACGACAUGGACACACAGCCGCAGAAACAGAGGGAGACGCAUGGAGGUUCUCAGACUCACAGUGAACAACACCAUGGUAACGGUGACUGUAAACGCCAGGAGACAGAAGCUCCAUCCAAUCAGACGGCGUCGGCGUCGCAUCUGGACCUGAACUUCCCUCUGCCCGGAGAGAAAGGCCCGUCCUGCCUCGUCAAGGUGUACCAGGACUGGGACGGCUUCAAACUCAACGACGUCCUGGAGGUCUUCGGGAUCCUGUCGGUCAGUCCAGCCCUCAGCGCCCUGGCAGAUGAGAAAGACUCCUCCUCCUCCCUCCUGGACCCAGCCGACUCCAUGGAGACGGCGGAGGAGCAGCGAGUUCACUGCCCUCCGGCCUCCCUCGUCCCACGCCUCCACAUGCUAUAUGCCAAACCGCUGCCGCACAACAACCCACUGCUGCCCCCUACAGGUCUGGAGGACAACAGCGCCUGUGAGUGGACAUUUGAGAAGUUCAUAUGA